CACUCACACACCCUAUUCAUAAACCGUUGUGAUGCCGGAGUGGACGGCGUGUGUCGCGUAAUCUGAAUUCACACCGGAAUAUCAUGGAGCAGUAGAUUUGCGGACGGAGAUGCAUGACGCAAAGACACUCGCAGUGCCCGGCGGCCUGAACUAUGGUCGGCGGUAAACGAGCUCAGGAUCACGGAGAGACAAAGCUGACUCGUCCAUCUGGAAACCUGCGGGGAGGAAGAUGAGAAAACCCGCGAUGGCGAUGAAAACUGCCUUAUUCGUGUUUCUGCUCAGUGUGCUCCACUGUGCCGUGUGUCGCGACGUAACUCUUCCCACCGGACCCCUGUACCGUGUGGCAGGCUUUCCCCUCUCUGUGCCCUGUGUUGUGUCAGGACACGAGGGUCCACGCACUCAGGACUUUGAGUGGUUCCUGUACAGGGACGAUUCUGGUGGGAGGCAGAUGGGAGUGGUGUCCACCAGAGACAAAGGUUUCCCAUAUGCUCCGUUCCAAGCCCGGGUGAGGAACGGGGAGGUGAGGGUGGAGAGGGACUCCGGGGAGGCGGUCCGGCUGGUGAUCCAGAGGCUCCGAGCAGAAGACCAGGGAAAUUAUGAGUGUUACACGCCCAGCACGGACACCGUCUACCAGGGAAACUACAGCAACAUGGUAACUGUCAAAGUGAUCCCUGAUACGCUCCAGAUCAGUUACUCCCGCGCACUCACUGGCCAGCCGGUGCCAGAGGGGGCCAUGUUAACGCUGACAUGCUCGGGCAGCAUCCGGUCACAGCAGCUCACCCAUCUGUCCAUCACGUUUGGGAAACGUGGCGGUGGGGACAGUUCGGGCAGCGGCGCUGGAGGGGAGGUCAGCACCGUGAGAGAGAUUAUCUCCAUCGACAAAAUGCUGGGGAUUGUCCCCGGACAUUCGUACAAGAAGCGUUACGAUGAUGGAGAGAUAACGCUGGAGAAGAGGAACGGCGAGGGCGGCCAGGGCGUCUAUGUGAUGAGGAUGAAAGCGGUGCGGCCGGAUGACAGCGGCUCAUAUUUCUGUGAGGCUUCACAGUGGAUUCUGGACCCUGAUCGAUCGUGGCAGAAGAUUGCACAGAGGAUGCUGGAUAUUGGCAACUUGACUGUUCAGCAGCUAGCCGAGUCUCUCAGCAUUACUUCCUCACCCAGAGGAGAAGUGACCCUGCAGGUCGGUUCCCCCCUCAUCCUGACCUGUGAGGUGUUGGGGCUGCCGUCGGAGGUGAACUCAGGUCUGCUGGUGCAGUGGAUGAAGAGGGGAUCUGUGAGGAGUGAUGCAGUCGUUGCCGGGGGAGUGGAGGUUGAGGUGGCGCGCAUGAGCACGGAUGGCAUUGUGAGCUGGGGAGAUGACCUCAGCAGAGCCAACGGCGGCUCUAUGGAGAAGGUGGCGGAGGGGAAGUACUCUCUGAAGCUUUUCUCCGCCCGGCCUGUGGACACGGGGGUGUAUCGGUGCGUGGUGAGCGUGUACGCUGGGAGGAGCAACCCCGGCCCGUCUACACCGGCAACACUCACUCAGAAGUCUGAGGGAGUCAUCGUCAAUCUGAAGACCAAAGACGUGGCGGUCUCAGCUGUGGCUCAGCUCCCUCGCGGUCCCCUGUUAAAAAGAGGCAGCACCAUCACCCUCAUCUGCAACGCCACUGUGAAAACCACAGGUCCUGCCCAGGUCCAGGUUCAGUGGCUGCGCUGGCCAAUCCCCGAACCCGUCGUCAGGGGUUCGGUAUCCGACGGUGCUCCACCCGAUCCACCUGUGGUGGAAACCCCAAGACUGAUCGCUGCUCUCAUGCACGAUGGAGUUGUGAACAUCCACAGCAACGGCAGCGAGGUCAGCGUCGACCGCUUGUCCGCUGUCAGCUACAGACUGAGGGUCCACCAAGCGGCGGUAGAAGAUCAGGGCAUGUAUGCGUGUCACGCCGAGGUGUGGGGUCAGGAUCCACAUGGAGGCUGGUACUACACGGGAGUCAAAGCAGAGUCUAAUGCAUUGAACGUUUAUCUGUAUGCCAGAGCUGGUGACCUCCUCCUUAUCCCUCUGGUCGUCGGAGUCUCUUCCGCCUUGUUCGUGGGCAUCGUCAUCAUCGCUACGGUAACCUGUUGCUUCAUGAGCCGCCUGGCAAAGCAGCGGGCUCGGAAAUAGGUCGUCCCCCUUUGCCAGUUGUCUGAAAGCUGAUUGGUCAUGAAGAGGCAAUGCACAGGACACGAUGGAUUAAAUGGCCAAGAACUUACUUUUCAAACGAACUGAGUAUAAAAAGUAUUUUUGUCACAGCGAUAUCGGAUUUUCUUUUGAUUUUUUUUGUGUGUGUCCUGACCUACCUGUUUAACAAUCACUGCCAAGUUGUUUUUGUAUUUUCUUGUAUUUUAUAAACCAAACCUUCUCAGAAAAACGUCACGUACCAUUAGGUGCAAUAUUUAAAUUUCUGGAGACGCCACUUUAGCCAUAACUCUCCUCUCCUUGAGUGGUUAGACUUCUUGUUUUCUGGGGGGUUAUCCCGGUGUCCCGGUGUCGUCCCUUUGUCCCAACACACCUUUCUUUUUUAACUGGAAAAAGGGUCAAAGUGCAGAGGCAAGGUUAUUGUGACAAGGUCAGAAGCAAAGAAUGUACAGCAGGUUUGUUUAUAGUCUCUCAAAUGUGCAGAAUCGCUCACAUUCUGACUAAAGUCAUGGUUCGAUUGUUAGUGUACGAUGCUUUUUAAGUUGUAAUAGUUCAAUAGUUGUUGUUUCUUCCUAAAAUGUGUUGUUUCACCCCCGACGUUGUCCGUAUGAACAUGCAUGGUAGAACCACUAGCAUUGCCACUGCCAGUCACAUGAAUGCUGAUGGGAGCAGUUCAGAUCCAGAAACUUAAUACGAGCAGGGACCUUUUCCGCCACUCGAAGUCCAGCACCACGCUGCAUGUAAACAGAGUCUCUCUGUUGCUUAAUAAGGAAGACACUGGCUGGGGACUUUGUUUUGCCAAGAGCAAUUAAGAAGUAAUUCUAAACACAAGCGUUCCUCGCCUGUGACCCUUCAAGGUGGAGUGUUGUCUAUAUUACAGACUUGUAUAGAUUUGACAAAAAAGGAAAAAUGGAAUAGAUGUCCAUGAUGCACUGACUGAAGUUUAUUUGAGCUGUUUUAUUUUUCAUUAUUUAAGCUAUGCUGUAUUGCUAUAUUUGUCUUUGACAGAGCUCCUGUUUUAAACAGCGUUCUGCUCUGCUCCAUCGAAGCACUUGGAGAAAAAUUGUGACCCUGUUGGUCUGCGUCGAUUACUUGAUUUUCCUGCAGCAGGAGCGUUUGUUUUUUCAUAGCUGCUCUUGACCCAGAGGUUUUUAUUUUUCUUCCUCUGCUCCGAGAUACAGAAAUUGUAUUGUGAAGAAAAAUCCCCAUUUUCUAUUUUUUUUUUUUUUUUCCACACUGAGUCACAAGAAAACCAUUGUAUUUUGUGUUUCGGUUACUUGUCCCCGAGGUGAAACUUUCCUCAGCACUGCAGUCAUAUGACUAGAUAUUUUCACUCUCACUGUGGUCAUCAUUAUAACAAACAUAGUUGCUGAGACCUAUGAUGUCUGUAGCUCCCAUUGCUAGAGGAUAGAUUUACUACUUGGAAAAGAAAAAGAUGGUCUAAUCCAAUAUGCAGCUCUCUAAUUGAAUUAUUUUCUAAAUUUGCUUGCACUAAGUUAUACGUUACUGUCUUAGUGUCUCCCCAUUGACCGUCUCUGUCUCCUGGUUGGUUUUCGAUGUGCCUUUAGUCUAAGUCUGCCCUGUCCUUCCUAUAACAGGUCCUCCCUUAACCCUCCAAAUUUAAAUGUUCACAAAUGUUACAGAACAAACUCACAUCUCAGCUUUUUUUCUUGAGCUACUUUGUCUCCCUACUGCAUGAUUUACACACUCUCACACACGGAUGCAUGUGCAGUGGCAGGACAGCGCUGACUGGCUGCAGGAAUUUUAGAUGGACGUGAGUGAGUAUCUAUCAUGCUUGUCCCUUCUCUAAUCCCGGUUUAUAGCUGCAGCGUGUCCUGCUGCCCUUCCCCCCUUCGCUCUGUGUCUGAGGCAAAUGUGGCCGUGCACAGCAUGCAGCAUGUGGAGACUGUCCCACGUCUAACCCUUUUCUGGAAGUCGCUCUGUUUUGUUUGGAUCGUUUACUCUGGAUGGUUUACUCAUGCUUUAACAAACCCUGCUCCUGAAUACGACUUGCUGCCAUUGAAAUUUAUCAACAUUUUUGGUCAAGUUAUUUAUCAUGGUGCUUUGGCAAAGUUUUCAGUUGAUAAAAAAACUAUAAAUCACACCGUCACUCUG